AUGAGAGGCUUAUGGACUCAAGCGUCUCGACCCAGACUGAGAAGCUCUCACUACCACUGUUCCGCAGACUCCAUCAGCUCGAUGCUUGUUCGGAAGACCACUACCAGACCUCCACGACGCCGGCCAGGCUUCGGUGACGCUUUUACGGUCCUGCUGACCCCUGUCCUUGCGGCCGCACUGUUCGUUGACACAAGUUGGAAGGCAAAACAGAGGAAAGAUUGGGAUGAAAGGCUCGCCGCCAUCAACAAUGAAAUAGAUACACUCAAGGAGAGGGAACGGCAACUCCGGAGUACCAUCCAGCUCCGUAACCCUCUGUCAGGACUAUCUCAACAGCGAAGAUACUAUGCGACGGCCGUGCAGGCGCGGGUGGAGGACGAUGAGAUCCCCGGAGAAAUUGAGAUGCCAAUUUGGCCGGCAGACCUAGGCCAGGAAGACGGUGUGCUGCAAGAAGAGAAGAUACCAAUACGACAAGUGCUGUCUGCACGCGAGUUCUCGGCUGAGCAGUUAUCCAACUUCAAGCGCUACCAUCGCCUGAAUGCGAUCACUCUAGCUUUGAGGAUGCUCCUGCACCUCCGUGUUGGGCCCAACCAUUUCUACUCGAUUGUUCCAUCGGAUGACCCAAUCGACAGCACGACCCUCGAAACCCCUGAAGAUAUCAGCGCUCUUUCAGACACCAAUCGCUUGGCCGAGAUGCUCGCUCUGACACGAAAACAGAUGCGAUCGUUGGGAAAUCUGGAAGACCUUUUCUAUGUGGCACCCCGCAUUCAAGCGCAGGCGGCUAGAGGCGGUCUUCAGCAAGCCAUAAAAGAGCUGACCACUGAAUUCGAUGCCGGGCGUAUAUCAUUGACUGGGCUGAUUGACGGUUAUGGAAAGGCGGUGCUACACACAGAUGAAGUUCCCUCUGUCUCCGUUUACGUUAUGCUCAUUCGGUCUCUUUCAAAAGUCGGGAGCCACAGUCUAGCUUACCACGCCGUGGCCGCGCUGAAGAGGAGUACACUUCCACUCUCGGACCCAGCAAUCUUCUACAUGCUCUUGCAGAUUGGUCGAGCCUGCGACUCUCGGUCACUAAAUCAUAUGCUACACUUCAUAGCAAAGGCAGAUAAUCCUCUCAACGUUAUCCACAAGUGGGAAAAGACACGCGUCAACGGAAUGGACCUCCCGGUUCCGACUACUCUGAAUCCACGACUUCUCAUGGUCUUGGUCUACACCUCCCUGAGAUGCGAGCAACCGACACGAGCAGAAGCAUGGUUAACCCUCCUGCGUGAAGCAGAUUAUGGGAGCAUGUGGAAAGAUGACCUCUUCAGAAGCUUUCUGGCCUACUACUCUCAGCAUGGAAACUGGGACGAGGGCAAAAAAUGGUUACAGCGAUCUGUCCAACACGCACUGACAAUCGCGAGCCAGUCGGUUGACCGACUUGCACGUGUGAUCUACCGUAUGCUGGAUCUCUGUGUGCGUUGCUGCAAACUUGCAGAAUAUACAACGAUCCUUGACGCGGCAGUUGAUGCGGGCAUUGGGCCGCCACUUGUCGAUAAAACCCAGAAUGAUCGCAGGACAUUCCACCCGCGGACUCGAAGCAUCCUUCUUGAGUGGGAAUCUCUUCCUCUCCCGGACAACGUUGACGAGUGCCCUGCACAGGAAAAGGCAAGAUCGUUUCAAUUGGCAUGCAGGCCUUUGAUGGAAGAGCUUUCUGGAUCCCCUUACAAAGCCCCGACCUCCCAAGAGAAAGGGGAUAGCGAGCUGGUGCUGAUGGCGCCCACGGCCCAAAGCCCCAGUCUCCGUUAUACCGUACGCAGAAUGACGCCGGAUAUUCCAGACGCCAGUGCCAGUGGAUAUUCGUCUGUUGAGCUGGAUAAAUUACAGAGCAAAUUCCUGCAGCAAGAAGCCGUGAUUUCCCAGUUAAAAACAAAGCUUGACCUUACGGAACUACGACAGAAGUCUUAUCAACAAGAAACAGCUCAGAGAGCACAAAGAUGGAUCAGAAGCACUUCGGCACUGGCACACGAGUUGCGGGAAUCGAAGGAAGACUAUGAAAAACUUCGGAAGCAGAAUGAGUUGUAUGAGAAGGAGUGCGCGGAUAUGCGAGCAGAGAUGUCAGCAUUGAAAGCUGUUGCAGACCAGUGGAUGCAGCAACGACAACAGCAGGCGGAACAGAAUGCCUCAUUUUCGACAGGGCUGUCUGAAGACAAGAAUGCGGGUGGUGAAUCGCAGGAGAUGGGGCAGGAAAAGGAAGUGUCGUCUCUACAGGGAACAAAACGAGCACCAAUCAGGGCACAAACCUCCCGGGAACCCACAGUCUCAACCAAAUCAGUCGAAACUCCUGCGGCUCGGCGAUACCGUUCAAAAAUGGGUACCCCCCUGACCGAUCCAGCGGAGGUCAGAAUUCAAACCUACUCGAAAAACUUCGACAAAGAUGCUAGACCGCGAACCUUUAAAAGGGUUCAUGUCAAGAUGCGACCGGCUCCAGACUCAUCUUCGAUACCUUGA